GCUCAUUUUCAUCUAUGGUAACUGGGCAGAGUCCUGCAGUGAUGUGUAGGUUCACACAUUAAAAGCUUUAGCAGUAACAGACAGUUCCAGUUAUUGUAAUUAACAAAAAAACACAAUAAUACAUCAUUAUUAUGAGAAAAAUUAAAAAACAGACACUAGUUCUCAUAGUUCCCAAAUAGCCGCCAUAACAUCUGCAAUCUAAAGCAGUGGUUCCCAAACUUUUUGUCACAUGUUCCCCUACAGCCCUAUCAGAUGAGCUCAAAUACCCCUGCACUGCACUCUUAUGAUGAAUGGGAUGGCUUCAUGCAAUAAUUUGAUAGCAUUUCACCACAGAGAAACACAAUGGUUGCGGUUGAUUCAUGUUGUAUGUCUUUUUUAUCUUCUUUAGUAGUCAGUCAAGUUUGCAUUGGACACUGAAAUCACUUCACUCAGUUGCUUUUAGCUUUUUGCUGGCUGUAUUUCAUGGAUUCAAUCCCAAAACUUGGUGGAAAAGUGUUGUAGCUGACUCAGGUUGACUGUUUGCGACUAUAAAUGUACUAUACUGUACUUGUAAUGCUAAAUGUGUGUUUAAUUUACUCCCUAAACAUAAUUUCUACACCACAAAUCUUUCCAUGUAUCCCUUGGUAACUGCCCCCAAGGAUAUGUACCCCUAAAAUCAAACAAACAAAUCAAACACACUUACUAUCAAUGCAGUCUUUAACCGUAGCCAACACAAACAGUGUAGUUUAGCACAGUCACUGUCCUAUCCUUCAUACAUAAAAAAGUAGAUUUCAAAUUUCUAAAAGCUCCCUGAUACUAAGUGGUGAAGAAUUCAGCAUUCUGGCUGUGCACACUUUUUACUUUUUACUGACUCUUUAACCUUCAUUUAUUCAGGGAAGUUUCACUGAGAGGAAGCCUCACUUUUGCAGCAACGCCCUGAUCACAUUCACACAGUUACACACCUGGAAGCUGCCCAGUACAACCACUGACUAAUCUGCUGGCCACUGUGCAACGUCAUUGGAGCGGUUAGGGUGAAGGGCCUUGCUCAAGGGCACCUCUGUGGUGGUGGAGAAGGGAGGGGCAAGUGCAGCUUUUCCACUUUUCCUCACCCAGAUUUUUCCAGGGACUGUUCUGACGACGUUUCAGUCACAUGCUUGCUUCUCUAACCUUUAAGCCACCACUGUUUAUUGUAGGUAUGGACACACUGCAUAACUUAAAUUAUCAUUCACCACUGUAUACAUCAGUAGUUCAAUCUUUUUCCAAAUCCUUUUAAAUGAAGGUUUUUAUUGCUUAAUGUGUAACAAACAGAAAAAAUGGUAAGCGUGCCUUUCAAAGUAAAUUAAAUACACUUGUUUUAAUCCACCAUAUGAGACAGUGUUGUGUUAUUUAUGAUGGUACUUUCUAAUCUAGUGUGUACAGUUUCGAACGUAAUCUACUCCCCGAAGAGUCUGGCAGCAAACGUCAUGACGUGGUCCCGUCUGAGCCAAUGAGAGCGCAGGAAGGUGUAAAGCGGUCUCGCGCCGGGUAAAAGGGAUUUGACAGUUGCGGGUCUCGAGCUGAUCAUCCAGUUGACUUCCUCAGUGGGACAGAGACCAUGGCGGCUGCUGCUGCCUGCGGCCAGCACAGCGCUGCGAUAACGGUCGCUGUUAGCGGCAAAAAACCGCAUAGUAACAGGGAGCACAGUCGGAGGAACAGGGAAAACUCUCGCCGGAGACAAGCAGCUCUUUUGUUUCUCAGUAACAUCUCCCUGGACGGACGGCCAGUCCAGAGUAAUGAAGCCGAGAAUGGAGGAAGCCGACACCACAAAGAGACCGACUUGGAGGGAGCUGACUCCGGCUCUGCGGCGGUGGCAGCGGCCGGGCUGUUCCCGGAUAGCUACGGGACAUUCCCCAGUUUGUCAGCGUCCGUGAGUUGCGGGAACGUAAAUCCUUCCCCGGCACCGAGGACAGGAACGGGACUUCUCACUGUACCGCCCAUCCUCGUCCUGCCGUCGGACACGGGGUUCAACGAUGCGGGGAGCGCGGAGGUGCUACUCGGGUGCCGCAGAGGCUCGUUCCCUUCGCCGGGGAACAGUAACCUGCUCUCGCCGUCUCCGUCCAACACCAGUCUGCUGCCGUCGCCGCUGGGACCGCGGAAGUCUUCCACGCUGUUAUCGGUACAAAGCUGUAGCUCAGUGUCCUCAGAGCCGCGACAAAGGACCCGUAACCUCUCCGGCGGUUCUCCCAGACCUCGACACACCAAGAAGAUCCACUUCAUCAAAAACAUGAAACAGUACGACACAAGAGGCAGCAGGAUCGUGCUGAUCUGCGCUAAGAGGUCUCUGUGCGCUGCCUUCUCUGUUCUGCCGUACGGAGAAAGCUUCUACCUCAGUGACCCAACAUUAAACCACCCCAGGAGGAGACACUCGUCCGGGAACAUCUCCACCACCCUGGAGAUGCUACCGGGGCUGGAGGGCUUCCAACUGGACACCUACGGCAGGUCGGUGUCGUACGCUCAGUUCCUGUACCCCACUAACGCUCUGGUGAGACAGAAGCCGUCGUCCACCAGCGACCUGACGCUGCAGAUUCCCGUCUCCAGGAGCACACACAGCAUGCCGGGCAGGAGCUUCCCUCCCAGUCGACUGAACAGCACUGUGGGACUGGACCUGGGUGUAGAAGAUGUGACGGACUACGACCCUAACCUCCUCAGUGACCCCCAGUGGCCUUGUGGGAAACACAAGCGAGUGCUGAUCUUUGCCUCCUACAUGACAACAGUCAUAGAAUACGUCAAACCGUCCGACCUGAAGAAAGACAUGAACGAGACGUUUAAGGAGAAAUAUCCUCACAUUAAACUCACCCUCAGCAAGAUCCGCAGUCUGAAGAGAGAGAUGAAAGUAUUCGGGGAAGACUGCGGCCUGCAGCCCGUCACCAUAGCGAUGGCGUUCGUCUACUUUGAGAAGUUGGUGCUGCAGGGUCGACUCAACAAACAGAACAGGAAGUUGGUGUCAGCUGCCUGCCUCCUACUGGCUGCUAAGAUCAGCAGUGACCUCAAGAAACAAGAGGUCAAACACCUCAUCGAUAAGCUGGAGGAGCGCUUCAGGAUCAGCAGGAGGGAGCUGAUUUCAUUUGAGUUCACCAUCCUGGUCGCCCUGGAGAUGGCGCUCUACCUCCCCGAGAGUAAAGUCAUGCCUCAUUACAGACGGUUAGUGCAGCAGCAGCAGUUAUAGCAGCACAUCGAUCCCUUCCCUCCAGGGACUAUCAGCACCUUCCAGCUCCACACUAUGACGGACGGAUCCUCAUCACGCGCCGAGGAAUCAUCCUCCUCUCCGCUUACGACGCGGACACCAAAGUUCAGCCGCACCGUGACGAGACGGCAGACCCGACAGAGAGCGUCAUCACCUUCUUCUCUCCUCCACCGAAACACCAAAGUGACGACACACUGUGAUCGACGGCUCAUCUCAAACCCUCAAAAUCACGUCUCUCUUAAAAGGAAUAUUUAAUUUUUUUCACUUCCUGUGAAAAAUAAUCAUAUCUUUGUCCGUCAUUCCUGUAAAAAAAAAACAAUCUAUUUACUCACCGGCUCCUUGGCAGAGACUUUACUUUCUAGGGAAUAUUUUUUUUAAACUUGCAUGGCAGGUUUAAUUUUGGUUAAAUUUAAGGUUUUGAAGGAAAAAGUCCUCUUUUGUAAAAUCUCUGCAGUGGAGCAGGUGAGUAACAAGUUGGCCAAAACUUUGUAAAGAACAACCAGACAUUCACAAACCAGCCUCACCUCAAGGUUUCAUUUAACUUUUAAGUGAACAAGAACAAGAAAUCCUGUCAUGCAACGCUCAGAAAAUAUUUGAUCAUGUGAUAUGAUGGAAGGCUCCAAAACUAAACGACUAAAUAGACCUUGAGGUGAGGCCGGUUUGUCGCCUUUUGUUUCCAACUGUGAAGCUGAAGCCUGUUUUCUGUCAGGUUUUUCCAUUGCACCUGUAUCCUGUUCACACAGCUCUGGAUCUGACAUGACUCUUUGGUUUUCCACUGGAAUCAUUAACAUUCAUACAGUAUGUGUCACUGCUACCUGAAUGUACCAGCUCUGCUCUGCUGUCUCAACCUUUUGAAAAACAAAUCCACCCUCACAUGCUGGAUUUGACAAAACGUGAGAGCUCGUAUAAGACAAAAUACUGCUGCAAUGGAAAAACCUUUUAACUGACGGGUAAAACGUCUAACAGUGAUUCCUGUCAGGCUACAAACAAAGUGAAAUCUGGUGUGUUCACUCGCAAAGUGGUCAGCUUGUCACAGAAAUCUAGAAAUUUAAGGGUGAAGUUGGGUUUCUAAAGAGGAGAAAGAGUCCAGAAACAUUACAAGCUCACAGCUGUAAUUAAACAGCUGUCUUUAAUGCUUCCCAAUUUUUUUUUUUGGUGAGUUUACUGUACUGUAGGACAAAACGUACUUAAAGUCGUUGCUCUAAAACAGUUUGGAGAUUGUUGCCUUUGUAGCACACUGGUCUCCAAGAGCUAAAAUGCUAAGAAAUAUUGAAGAUGGUUUCUAAGAUGACACUUUGGUUAUUUUUGCUUUAAAGCUGUUGACAGUCACUAACCGUAAUCAUGGGUCUUGUGCAUCCGACAAUCAUUUUACUGCACUUCAGUUUUAACUGAAGCAGUCAUUGUUGAAUUAUGUCUUCCUUUUAACAGGUUUUUAAGCCAUAAGAGAAAUUAUGUCAGUACCGUGGUAGCAUUAGUUCCCUUAUCAAACGGAGAAAUUUGUUUCUCUGAUGUCAUACCUUCCGUUCAUUUUUUAUGAAGUGUGGUUUCAUCGUAGUGUCACAUUGUUCCGACUCUAAUGUCAGCACUUUUCUUUCUUCUUUUUUUUGAAGAUAUUUACACUCACUAGCUUCGCUGCUCCUUCUGCAUUCUUUCAUUUAUUGAACGAAUCAGCGGGUCUCUUACAUUUCUAAGCAUCAGCAAGCUUUACAAUCACUCUCACUGAGCUGCUGUCAGAAGCUCCGCUGCAGGAGUUUAAGGGUUUAAGUGCCUUGCCUAAGGGCACCUGAAGUGUCGUUCAAGAAGAGGAAAGUUGUUUCAAAAUUCUCCCCUUGGAACCCAGGGAUUCAAGCCGGCAACUUUUUAGUCACAGGCCUCCUGGUUUCUCUCGAUGUAUUAUUAUCUGUAUUGUGGUCUCUGUCCUGUUCUCGUGUUGUCACCCUUCCUCUUUUCUGACAGCUUGUUGUCACCGUCAAAAGGUCUUCAAGGGGAAAUAACACAGUGACUUCCUGGAAGAUAAGUAUACUUCCCCAUCUCGUGUGCUUCUUUGAGGUCACACUGAAAUACGUGAUAACGGGUCACAACAAGGCCUGUCUCGUUCCAAAUGCUUCUUUUAGACGCAACUUCUCCAAAUUCGGGGGACACAAACGCACUUUCCUUUUGGCGUCUUUAAUGCUCCCGAGAGGUGGAAAACAGAAGUCACAUCACAGCCGAGGCAGGCUGAUUUGGUUGAUAUAUGGGAUUAGUCGUUUUCAUUUGACGUUUUGUGCAGCAGAGCUGACUAGUGUUAGUGCUCGAGGUGAAGAGACGCAAAACACGGCGGCUUUAAAACCCCUGAAACCGACACAUCAGCACACUUUCGGUACAAUAAUCCUGUAAAGACACUGAAACACAAAGUGACAGCCUUUUAAAGGUUGGACUGUAAAGACUCGUGUUAAGUGGAACUCACUGUGGUCGCAGACGGCCUCGUACUUUCUGCACUGUAACAGGAACAGAUUACAACACAUGUUGUAACAGGAAGAUCACAACUACCAAAAAGACCUUUCUGUUCAUGAACUACCUUAGAAAAACAUUUCAUUUCAUGUGUCAAAAGUCAGUCGAUGUUAUUUAUUCAGUUCUCACUGUAUCAUAAAAAGGGACAAACAUUUAACCAAGCAGAGGCCUCUAACAGGAUGUUUAAGCAGUAAA